AUGGAAUCCACCAAGAAAAACCCAAAACGUGCUGUUCAAGCUCCCGACUCAGAGAGUGAGAAAAGAUUGGAAUUCAACGAGUUAACUCGCUUGGAUGAAAAACUGAAUUUCAUAGAAAAGAACAGGGGGAAAAUUCCUCGAAUUCUUUUCGCGGCAAAAUACGCAGAUGAGGAGGUUUGCCGGCAGCUCAUCGCAGAUGGCGCUGACGUUUCCAAAAUUUUAGACAGAAAUGGCGCCAACGCCUUUCACUACGUUGGCAUGAACCCCUCUGGAUCGAAACUCGUGGAAUUAUUCCACGAACACGGCACCAAAAUCGACAAAAAGGCCAAAAAUGGAAAAUUGCCACUCGCGCGCGCCCUUAAGAUGAGAAAUUUCGAGGUUUCUCUCAAAUUGUUCGAGCUUCUGAAGCAGAAAAUCAAUUUCAACGGGAAUAUUCUGGACUGGUGCAUCGAUAAGAAUGCUUUAUAUUUCUGCAAAUUCGUGUUCGAGAAGGACGCAUCGCUGUCUAAAGCUAAGACUGAAAACCUCCUAAUCAGAGCGGUGCGGCGUGCUGACCAGAAAUUGUGCCAGUGGCUUUUCAAAGAAUGCCUGGCCGACGUGGACCUGGACAGUGACCAAACCUCAAACUGGAAGGAAGAGAUUUUGUUCGACGUCGCCAGCAACUUGAAGCACGGAGAGAAAAUCGCACACUUCCUGCUGGAAAAUUACAAAAUCGACGUAGAGAAGAAGAGCUUGUUUUUCCACCACACACCCUACAGCCACGCCAUAGCGAUGGAAAACAGAGGCGUCGCCAAUGCUUUGCUAAUACACGGCGCCAUCCUGGAAGUGGACAUCGAUCCGAAAACUGCGAGGCAAAUCUAUAGAGGCAAGGGCUAUAAGGAAAAGAUACGCGAGUUGAGCAGGAUAUUAUCGAGUCAUAUCGAGAAUUUUGGAAAAGGCAAAAAUUUGCUGCAAGUCGCACUCGAACUGAAAUUCAUACACGCAGCAGAGGCGUUGUUUGAGUUGAAUUUCGACAAGAAGAUGAACAAAAUAAACUACCUGCACUUUUGUGUGGAGAAGAACAAUCUGGAAAGUGCGAAGCUCGUUCACUCGAGAAACAAGGAUCUGAUGAAAGAAAUGGGGCAAGAUGGGAAAUACGUCCUGCAUCUGGCCGCGGAGCGUGCUGACCUGGACAUGUGUCGGUGGCUGCUGAGCCAAGGGGCUGACCCUGAGGCCCUGACCUCGGACGGAAGGUCCGUGCUGGAUUUCGCGGCCAGACAAGAAGUCAAAGAUUAUUUUCAAUCCGUACAAAUGUCAAAAGAAAUUCGAAACGCAUCCAAGAAACGUUUUGUUGAUGUCAAAAUUGGUCACGUUUGA